CAAAGUAUCUAUGGUAGUGGAAACAUUACAGUAUAUAAGGCUAGCGUAUUAACAGCAAUAUUACAGUCAACAUUCAGCAACUAGAACUUCUUCAUCAUCUAUAACAAUUCAGCUUCAAGAUGUCUUACAGAACUUCGAUCAUCGAUUCCGGAUCAGAGAACGAAUUUGAGUCCCUGGACACAAAAAAGCCUUCUACUUCAAAGCAGGUCAAAACAUCGUUAAAAAGAGGGGCUGAAAAAACAGUAGACAAAAAAAACAAAAAAAAACAGAUGAAAACAAGUUCAUCAUACAGAGAAAUUCUCGAAGAGAAAUUGCGGGCGGAAGAAUUUGAUGAAGAGAUUUUUAAUUCUGUCACUUUUCGUCAGGGAGAUGGUUUGGCUACCAUCAAAAGCCAAUUUAAUCCAGACGAAAAGCCGACGGAUUAUUGGACGAUAACACAUUACAAGUGUGCGAAUAUACACAACGUCCCAACAAAGGAAAGGUGGCGACACUCUGAGGCAUCUGUCAAGGUGACGACAUCGGACAAGUCAAAAGAUCAGACUCUCAAUACAAGUUUAAACGAGACCAUGCAGGUUAUAUUUGAUGUAAUUUUGAAAGACCCGGAACGUCGUACAAUAAGAAAUAAAUUAGCCGCAUGAAAAAAAAAAAAAUGUAGUAUAAAAAUAUUUUUAUUUAUUUAAUAAAAAAACAAUACAUAAAUAUAAAUGAAUUUGUAUUAUAUCAUACUAUUAAGUCCUGUAAAAUCAUGUCAGACAUUACAUUAAAAUGAAAUUGUAAAAUCUCAUACAAAAAUGAAGUGUCAUCGUUUUGUAGAUGAGAAUAAUAACUAAAAUCAUAGUUCUGUAUAUACUGGUUUGUGAAUUCGUUUCUCUGGCAACUGAUGGGCAAACCACGGACAUCGUUUUUAAUCAGUUCGUAAGCUGCAUCG